AUGGUGGACGUCCGGUCCAAGAACCUCUAUGAGCUUCUUGGCAAUGACCCCGAGCUCGACCCCAACAGACCCCCUGCGCCCCCCGCUAAGGCUGUCGACCGUCCCGCUCCCCGCAUUGGCAAGCGUGAUGCUCCCCUGGAGGCUCCCUCCACCCAGCCCCGUGAGAACGCUGGCCGCCGUGGUGGCCGUGUGACCGGCGGCAACGAUGCCGCUUUCCGUGACCGCAACGCCGGCCGCACCAACAACCGCCAGAAGCCCACCGAUGAGGCCGAGCAGCCCUCCCGCCCCCGCGGCGGCAACCGUGGCCGUGGUGACCGCCAGUCCCGCACUGGCCAGACUGACACUCGCAAGCAGGUCCAGCAGGGCUGGGGCAACGAGUCCGGCGAGAAGACUUGGGACGACGAGCGCGUUGGCGAGACCAUCGCCAAGGCCGAUGAGACCGAGCCCCAGACCCCCGCCGAGGAGGUUGAGGAGGCCGACAAGUCCAAGUCCUACAACGACUACCUGGCUGAGAAGGCUGCUAAGGACAGCCUUGCUGCCAAGCCGGUCCGUGCCGCCAACGAGGGCGUCAAGGAGGACAAGAAGUGGGCUAACGCCAAGGAGCUGAAGCACGAGGAGGCCGAGACCUACAUCCAGGGUGCCUCUGAGAAGACCAAGCGCGAGAAGCAGCGCAAGGAGAAGAACUUCAUCGACGUUGACAUGCGCUUCGUCGAGCAGCCCCGCCCCGCUCCCUCCGCCGCUCGUGGCGGCCGUGGUGGCCGUGGUGGUGACCGCGCUCCCCGCGGUGAUCGCCCUGCUCGUGGUGGUGAUCGCCCUGCUCGUGGUGGUGAUCGCCCUGCUCGCGGUGGUGAUCGCCCUGCUCGUGGUGGUGAUCGCCCUGCUCGCGGUGGUGAUCGCCCUGCUCACGGCGGUCCUCGCGGUGGUGCCCCCUCCGUUGCUCCUCGCGGCGGCCGUGGUGGUGCCCGCGCUCCCGCUGCCGGCCCUACCGUCGACGAGAAGAACUUCCCCAGCCUGGGCGGCAACUAA